CAAAUUAUUUUUUUCAGAUCAUAAAUACUUACAUUAUUGCAGUGAUGAUACAACUUUUACACAAAUCAUCUAGCAUUGGUCCUAAAAUUUUAUUUAUUCUUGCUGCUAUUGGAAUUUGCACAUGUUUGCUCAUGAUGUCUGGAUCUAUACUGGAAACUCGAUUGGCGAUGGUUCCUCAUCUUGCGUGGCAAUUGUUUCUCAUCGUAGUCUAUGCUGUAGUAGGUGUAAUUCUAUUUGGCCAUUACUUACAGGGUGAUCACAUAAUAGAUUUAGAAAAAAUCAUUAUUAUUCUCAGCUGUGCUCCAAUUCUUUCGUUCUUGUACUGGAGUGUUAUAUAUAGUCGGUAUUUACAAAUCAAAGAAAAGCAGUGCUCACCAUCAGAUUGUGUCCCAAGAGCCUGAAAACUCAUCACAAUCUCCAACUAUUCUUAAACAAUUAAUUUCAUAUAACAUAAGUUAUUCAAUUUUAUCAAUGAUUUUUAUAUUACUUUAUAUUAUUAGUAACUGAAAAGAAACUCUUUCAAUUUACUGCUAAUUGAUUACUUGUUUCAAUAAGUAAAUUAAUAACGUUGUUUAAUUAAUAGUAAUUCAAACUAUUGAGCUAUUUAAUUAUCACAUGAACAUCUAGGUAAGCUUACUUGUAAUUAUCACUAAUGUAAGUAAGAAUAGUAUCUCCUAGUAUUAUUUAAAUUCCUGAGGCUAUAAAAAAGUAUCCCAAAUCAUUAAUCAAAAGUAAAAAUUAACAGUUAUUCUUUGAGUGUAUCAUUUUGAUGAAUAUUUGUUCCAUCAGUCUGAUACUUUCAUCAACAAGUUGAAAAUUAAAUUCCUUUUUUCAUUAAUUUCAUUCUGAAUAUCUUCACUGUGAGUCAUUAUUUGAAAUAGUUCAGUGUAAUAAAAGUAGCAAACAAUUAUUAAAAAAUGGAAUCAACAUUCACAUCGAUCAAGAUUUGUAACAUGGGCUUAUCAAAAGCCUGUUUUCUUUUUGGGAUUUUAGAUUUGGUAUUGAGUGCUAUUAUGAUCAUAGUAUGUGCCCUGAAUUUCUAUAAAUAUCAUGUUGUUGAUGAUAUAGUCUUGCUCAUUACUGUUGCUAUUGGAAUCUUCACAUGUUUGCUUAUGAUUGCUGGAUCCAAAUGGGAAAAACGUUGGCUAAUAUUUCCUCAUCUUGCAUGGGCUAUUCUUCGUGUUGGCUUGAUAGGAAUGUUGACUGCUGGCGUUGCAAUAUCAAGUCAAGCAGUGAUAGCAUCAAUAAUAUCUGUGGUUCUUUUCAGCCUUGGCUUGGUCUGUUCAUUUGUAUACUGGAAUAUUAUGUUCAAUCGAUUUGUAGAAAUUAAAUAUAAUCAUUCUAUCCUACCAGUUCUUGUAGAGAUGGACUAAGAAGUCUACAAAAAUUAUCUAAUAAAAUGACAUGUUAAUUAUUUCA